AUGACCACCUCACCAGACUCUCCACCCAGACUCUCCACCCACUCGCCGAAGCGUUCCCUCUGCUUCCUCACCAGCUUCAUCGCUCUCCUAAUACUUGUCCAAAUCCAAGCUAUCAAGUUCCCUCUUUCCUUCUCCCUAUCCUCUUCCUCCUCCCUAUGGCCUUUCUUCCAGCAGAACAAACUCGAGCUCCAUCGCACCCAGACCAUGCUCCAAGACUCGGUCACCUUCCUUCCACUCAAAGACCUCAGGUUCACUAAAGAGCCUAUGUCAGGUAACACUUGGUUCAUGAGCUCCAUUGAUGACACCUAUGAGGAUGGCGAGUCCCAGCACCUCUACUUCCCUUCCAGUGAAUCAAAGGGAAGGUUGUUGUGCCUCUUUGGCAACAACACUGGUGAUGGUGCCAAGAAUUCUUACGCCCUGGCUUGGCCUGAAGCCCUUCCACACAAUGCUACUCUACUUACGGGGCUCACAUUCAUGUCUGACACCUACUACGAUUAUCAUAACAUCUGGCAUGGACUCACAGCUAUAUCGCCAUUUGUUGCAUGGCAUCUGAGGAAGGAAUGUGCGGUACCAGCUAGAUGGGUACUGUUCCACUGGGGGGAGCUGAGGACAAGAAUGAGCCCAUGGAUCCAAGCAUUGGUGGAAGCCUCAAUUGGGAAGGUGAUGAUCGAAAAGUUCGAAAAUAGCGGUCAUCGGCCGACGUGCUUCGAAAAGGUGGUGGUGUUCAGGCACAACCAAGGAUCCAUGGGGAAGGAGAGGAAGGAGGAGGUUUAUGACUUGAUGAGGUGCAAGACGAGAGCUUUUUGUAACAUUAGUCAAGAGAUUGGUGAUCCAAAGGGUAUUCGGUUGACACUGUUGCUUAGGGAUGGAUCACGGUCGUUCAAGGAUGAGCCAGCGGUGAUUAGGAUCUUUGACAGGGAGUGUAGGAAGGUGGAGGGAUGUAGAUUUAAGGUUGCAAGAUCGAAUAACUUGACAUUCUGCGAUCAGGUAAAGCUACUGAGUGACACGGAUGUAUUCGUUUCUGCACACGGAGCUCAGAUGACAAACUUGGUUUUCAUGGACAAAAAUAGCAGCAUAAUGGAAUUCUAUCCAAAGGGGUGGCGGGAGCGGGCCGGCGCAGGGCAAUAUGUCUUCCGGUGGCUCGCGGAGUGGGCCAGGAUGAGGCACCAGGGAUCAUGGUGGGAUCCCAAAGGUGAGCCGUGUACCCAUGAUGAUGAGGGUAGUUGUUUCUCUCACUACAAGGAUGCCCAACUUGGGCAUGACGAGGCAUACUUUGCCAAUUGGACCGCUAAAGUUCUCCAUGAGAUGAAGGUAUACAAGUUAGCAGCGGCAUCACAGAACAGCAGCCACCCACAGCUUGGAUCAAGGCCUUGUCCAUGUAGCUAA